GCGGUUCGGGGACAUCAUCACAGAGUCCGGCACAAACGGUGCAGAAAAAAUGGGCCGCAGCUACAACGAAAAGGACUUUGAAUACCACCGGCAUACGUUCCACCACACGCACCACCCGCUGUCCACCCACCUCCCCCCCCAGCGCUUCAGGAAGAGGGUCCUGAGCAUGGAGCGCCGGCGCAAGAAGAAACGCAGGAAAAAGAAGACGUCCAUGCCACCCUCCGAGGUCACGCCGACCAUCCACGAGGUCGACGAGGAAGAGGCGGAGUCUGAGACGGAAGCGCAGGGCCGGGCGGCCACACCCGCUCAGACAUCUGAAGAGGAGAUUCAGUUUAGUUUGGGGAACGAGGGGGCGCUGGUACCACCCGCCCCUCUCCCCACUUGUCACAUGGAGUGUGAGAGACCAACCAGCCCAGAACUGCCCACUACCAGUACAUUCACCAGUGCAACCACCAGUACAACAACACGUGAUGACGAAAUACACGGCAAACAGGACGAAGAAGAGGAGGAGGAAGAUGAAGUGUCAAAUAGGUUCAGCCCGUCUCCAGAACCUGCCAGUGCGUCGACACGUGCCUGGUUCUGUCGGAAACCCGUCCACCGGCUGAGCGGUGCCCAGCGCACCAACUACGACCUGAAGGAACGCAUCUGCAUCGGCAGCAUGACGGCCAUAGAGACCGCCGUCUAUCAGAAGGUGCCCACGGAUGAAGCGGAGGCUCAGAUGCUCGCGAGUGCCGAUCUGGACGACAUGAAAAGUCACCGAUUUGAGGACAACCCCGGGGUGAGGAGACACCUCGUCAAGAAGUCGUCGCGAUGCCAGGUCACUCGGACCAACAACAACAGCAACAGCUCUCCAUCUCGGUCCAGCCUGAAGAAGAGGAGGAAGACGGACAAAAAGACUCAUGAGGUCUUCGUGGAGCUGAACGAGCUGAUCGUGGAUAAGAACCAGGAGAUGCGCUGGAAGGAGAUGGCACGCUGGAUCAAGUUCGAGGAGGAUGUUGAGGAGGACACCGACCGCUGGGGCAAACCUCACGUCGCCUCGCUGUCUUUCCGGAGCCUGCUGGAGCUCCGCAGGACCAUCACGCACGGUGCCAUCAUGCUAGACCUGGACCAGACUACACUACCUGGCAUCACACACUUGAUGGUGGAGACCAUGAUCAUCUCGGACCAGAUCAGAGCUGACGACCGGGCCAAUGUCCUGCGGGCCUUGCUGCUGAAACACAGUCAUCCGAACGAUGAGAAGGAGGGCCGCUUCCACCGCAACCACUCCAUCACCAGCCUGGGGAGUUUGCGCCACAACCACAACAACGUCCACGACACAAGCCUGCCGCUGGUACCGGAGGACCGCGAUACCAAAGCGCCGGACCAUGAAAAUGAGGUGUUUAAGAACCAACACCACGGCCCAGCCGAGGCCCACGCCGCAGCCAGAUCUAUGAAACUCCUGGCCAAGAUCCCCAAGGAUGCGGAGGCCACCGUGGUUUUAGUGGGCUGCGUGGAGUUCCUGGAACAGCCUGCCAUGGCGUUUGUGAGGCUAAGCGAUGCGGUCCUGCUCGAGUCGGUCCUGGAGGUUCCGGUCCCAGUGCGCUUCCUUUUUGUGCUCCUGGGUCCGACUCAGAGUAACAUGGACUACCACGAAAUCGGACGCUCCUUCUCCACUCUCAUGUCGGACAAAAACUUCCACGAGGUGGCGUACUUCGCCGACGACCGUCAGGACCUUCUGAACGGAAUUAACGAGUUCCUGGACUGCAGCAUCGUCAUUCCUCCGUCCGACGUGGAGGGCAAAGAUCUCCUGAAGACGGUGGCGUCCUUCCAGAAGCAGAUGCUGCGCAAACGCAAGGAGAGAGAGAACAAGAAAGGGAUGAGCAGAGUGUGCAGGUCCAUCCAGGAAACCAAGUAUCUGAUUCCGGAUGAUCAGGAGGACGAGGAGCCGGAGGUGGACCCGCUGAAGCGCUCCGGGAUCCCGUUCGGGGGUUUGAUUCACGACAUUCGCCGGCGCUACCCUCACUACAUCAGUGACCUGAGGGACGCGCUGGACUCGCAGUGCAUCGCGGCGGUGGUGUUCAUCUACUUCGCUGCUCUUUCACCCACCAUCACGUUUGGGGGGCUGUUAGGGGAGAAAACACAAGGCAUGAUGGGCGUGUCUGAGCUGAUCAUCUCCACUUCUGCGGUGGGGGUUCUGUUCUCCCUGCUGGCAGGACAACCGCUGCUAAUUAUCGGCUUUUCGGGGCCUCUGCUGGUGUUCGAGGAGGCGUUUUACAAGUUCUGCCAGGCGCAGGGGUUCGAGUACCUCACGGGUCGGGUGUGGAUCGGCUUCUGGCUCAUCUUCAUAGUGCUGGUGAUGGUAGCGGCGGAGGGAAGCUUCCUGGUGCGCUACAUCUCGCCGUUCACUCAGGAGAUCUUCGCCUUCUUAAUCUCGCUCAUCUUCAUCUUCGAGACCUUCUCCAAACUCUUCAAGGUGUUUCAGGAACAUCCACUGAUGAAGAUGUACCCGGUCCCUUCAGCUCUUCCAGUCCUCGGAAUCACCGAACCAUCAGCAGAUCCGGUCCUGAUCGAAGGUCCGAUCCUGAACCAGCCCAACACGGCCCUGCUGUCCCUCGUGCUCAUGGUGGGGACCUUCUUCGUGGCCUUCUUCCUUCGAAAGUUCCGUAACAGUCGCUUCCUUCACGGCAAGGUUAGAAGAGUUAUCGGUGAUUUCGGGAUACCCAUCUCCAUCCUGCUGUCUGUGAUAGUGGACCUGUUAAUCCCCGACACCUACACCCAGAAACUCAACGUGCCCGCCGGUUUCUCGGUCACGUCGCCCGACAAGCGGGGCUGGUUCAUCAGCCCGUUCGGAGACAAGCAGCCGUUUCCCGUGUGGAUGAUGGGAGCGGCGGUGGUGCCAGCGCUGCUCGUCUUCAUCCUCAUCUUCAUGGAGACACAGAUCACCACAUUGAUCGUGAGUAAAAAGGAGCGGCGCUUGGUGAAGGGUUCGGGCUUCCAUCUCGACCUGCUCCUGAUCGUCACCCUGGGUGCCAUCUGCCCGCUCUUCGGCCUGCCCUGGCUGACGGCCGCCACCGUCCGCUCGGUCACCCACGUCAACGCCCUGACGGUCAUGAGCAAGGCCACGGCGCCGGGGGAGAAGCCCAUGAUCCAGGAGGUUAAGGAGCAGAGAGUGACCGGCAUGUUCGUGUCCGUACUCGUGGGACUGUCCAUCGUGAUGACCGACGUGUUGAGGCACAUCCCGCUGGCCGUGCUGUUUGGAAUCUUUCUGUACAUGGGCAUCACCUCUCUGACUGGCAUCCAGCUCUACGAGCGCAUCACACUGAUGGUCACGCCGGCCAAACACCACCCAGAUCACCUCUACGUCACCAAGGUGAAGACGUGGCGCAUGAACAUGUUCACCAUAAUCCAGCUGCUGUGCAUCGUGCUGCUGUGGGUGGUGAAGUCCACUGUGGCAUCGCUGGCAUUCCCGUUCAUCCUCAUCAUGACGGUGCCACUACGCAGACUCGUCCUCACCCGCAUCUUUGAGGAGAGGGAACUGGCAGUGUUGGAUGCAGAUGAAGAUUCACCCAAUUUUGAUGAAGACGGACGUGAUGAGUACAAUGAGAUCCACAUGCUCGUGUAGGACUGGCACUCAGACUGGCACUCAGACUGGCACUCAGACUGGCACUCAGACUGGCACUGCGGACUUUUCCUUUUGUUUAUCAGUCAAGCACAAGCUACAGGUGAUGAUGGUCAUGUCAUAAAAUGACAAAACUACAAUAGUCCACUUUCCUUCAGGGUGGCAUGUUGUGUAUAUUUCUCUACAAAUGUACAAGGAUAGAAACCCCAUUUCCAGAAAAG